CUUGAGAACGAAACGGCACAACUCUAUCAACAACCCUAUAGUUGCUUUAUUCUUGGAAGCAGAAAGCAGAAAAUUUUGUGAAAACACAUACAAAAAACGGAUAAUGUAAAGUGCGCAAAUGUAAAAAACAAUGUAUGAAUACGCUAAAGUGCUAAUAGCAUAAAUGAGAAUCGGUGGAUGUGCGCGUCGUUUACAGUCGAAAGAAAAUAACUACAUGCAAGAAAGCAACACAGCAGUCAGAGGCCAGGCAUUCUGUGGCAGCAGCGACGAGUCUUCGAGUAGCGAGUAGAUUGGAGUCUCUCUGGCCACAUUGGUGCAGCAGCGCCCGCAAAUGUAUGCGAGAACUAGUAGUGGGCAGCAGCAGAAGCAGCAGCGGUCGUUCUCGUCUUUGUGAAGCACUACGAAAAAAGGAGUGAAAAGAACGCGAAAACAACGCAAAAGUUGAAACAAAAAUAAAAACGUGCGUUAAAGUUAAUUAGCUGGCCGCUAAGCGACGAGUUUGAGCGUCAACAUUAACAUUAUCAACAGCAGCUGCUUCUAUACAAAUCGAGUUGUUGUUGUUGUUCUUUGUUAUUGUUGUUGUUGUGGUUUUUGCACCCACCACACGUAACUAGAGCAGCAGCUACUAAAAACACGUACACACACAUCCACAGACACACAUACAGAGAUAAACACAUUAACACACACACACACACAUAGACAACUUAAGGCUAGACUUAGUUAGUAGUAGAUGCGUGCGUGUUACAACAACAUUGGAAAUGAUUUGUCCAAAAGACGUCCUGCAGUGGUUUAAGACUCUGGAGAGCUACAAACGCAUCGAUACCAUGUGUUCACUCCUCGAUGCCUGUCUCCCCUUUGAGCUACGCUUCUUGGGCACCUGCCUUGAGGAGCUGGGACGUCGCGAUUCUCCGGAAUUUCGCGGAAUGGAAUUGCGCGCCAACAAUCCACAGGAUCUUGCUGCCGAUAUGCACAAUUGUCAAAAGGGCGAACCGACCGAUAUCAAAAUUCGACGCAAGAUGGCGCUUUAUUUGGCUAUGAUAAGAGCAUGUAAUCGCAGCUGUGUUACAGAAAUCUUUCGUACCCUCGAAUGCUGGGGCGAAAGGGAUUUCUCCAGCAUGAGCGAUCAGGAUACGUUGCUGGAGUUACUGCUUGUCUACACAAUGGCUGCCAAACAUCCGGUUUUCUCAUAUCAUCAGCACACCAAGUGCGUUGAGAUUUUGACCAAGAUCAAGGAAGUUAAACGUGUAACAGACGAAACAACACAAACCGAGAGUCAACCACAGUUGCCGCAACAACAACAACCACAACAGCAAUUGCCACAACAUCCACAACAUGUGCUCCAUCAACAACAACCACAACAACCAACGUAUCCACAUCCACAAAUGAUGCAAAUGUUGCCGACACCGCAAGUAACAACUCCAAUGAUAUUUCCACAACAUUGGCCCAAGCUGAUGCAGAGCAAUGACGUCGACGCUAUGCCCCAUCUGAUGCAAUCCAAUAUCACCAUUCCAGCGGACUCAAAUGCUAUCGGAGCUGCCGCAGCGACCGCUUGGUCCAUACGCGGCAUGUAUGCGGCGCCACCACAGCAGCAGCAGCAACAUCAGGGACAACAAAGCCUGGAUCAUCAGGUGCCGCCACAAGCCAGCUCGCCCAUGUUAAGCAGCCAGCAAUCAUCGCCAUCGAGUAGUCGCACUACGAGUCCACAACGUGAACGAAUUGGGAGCGCGCCAUUGCAACAACAACAACAGCAGCAGCAACAAAUGCGCAGCAGUUUGUCACAACGUAUAACUGGAGGUGUUAAGCAUGUUCGACGACCAUCUGUGGAGACAACGCCACCACCAGCGUCAUCGUCGUCUUCUAUUGGCAGUGGAGAUGCAAAUAUGUCUACACAGCAGGUCAAGCAUUUGGAGGAGAGUAUCAGCGAAGUCGGUGGUAACUCCAUCGGCGCCAGCCUGCCCAGUAUUAUACGCAACAGUUUUCCGCGUGCGGUGCAUCAGCGUAUUAAUGCAAAUGCCUAUAUGCCAUCACAUCAGCAACAGUCGCCGGUGGGUCAACAGCAACAGCAGCAGCAGUCACAACAGCAACAUUAUCAGAUGAACAAUUAUAUAAAACCGAGCACCAUUGUUUAUACCAUGCAUAAUAUGCAUAUUAAUGACGAUGGCAGCGGUUCAAUGCGAAGCAUAAAUUCCAACAAAAGUGCGGCAACAACUGGCAGCGAAUCGGGCAGCUCAAAUGGAUCAUGCGGUGAGAUAUCGCCACCGGAAACGCCAACGCCGCUUCCCAUGCACAUGCCAAUUAUGACGGGCUAUCAGCAACAGCAGCAGCAGUCGCAACAACAACAUCAGCAGCAGCAACAGCAGAAGCAUCAUCUUAGCUAUAAGCAACAGCAGCAGUUGAAUCUGCAACAGCGUCUGAAUGGACGUAAUGGUGUGGAAAAGAGUUACCAGCAAAUCUAUACGACGAGCAAUCCAAGUGAUGCUCAGAAUUUACAACAGCAGCAACAACAACAAGCGUUGCUCAUAAGUCCAUCAUCAGUUAGCACGCCAACAACAACAGUGUUGCUGCAAACACAACAGCAGCAGCAACAACAACCACCGCCAACAGCCACAGCAUAUAAUGCAGCCACAUAUCCAUAUCAUACGGCUAGUCCACGUGGUCCACCACAGACAUUAAUCCAGGCGCAUAAUGCACCACCGCCGCAGGCAUUGCACGGUCCCUUUCGUUUUCCAUUGGCGCCACCGCACAAUGGUGAAUUAAUCUAUCCGGCAUAUCAUGCCGGACUGGCGUUUUCCCCAGUGCCCGUGACAGCGACGUCAGCUGGUGCGCCCACAGCUGUGACGGCUGGACAAAUGCGCAACUCAGCGGCUGCUGUGAGCGUGGUCAGUACGAAUGCCGUUGCAGUGCAAACGCAAACGCCCACGUCACAGCAACAACAACAACAAUUGUUAGCAGCAACAGCUCCGUAUAGUACAUUAAACGUUUGCCCCAUCACCGGAGUGAGUAGCGGUAUCACACAGAAAGUCAUAUCCUGCUAUAAUUGCGGAUCACAGACGCACAGCGGUCGAGAUUGCCAGGAGGCGUCCAUGGAGGAUGUGACACGCAGUGCCACCUAUAAGCUGGACUACAGCACAACAACAAAUGCCGGCAGUGGCAUCCAUGACACCACCACGGAUCACAAGGAAGUGGGCAACAUUCUAAAAAAUGCCACAGUGACGACGCCAACGGCAACAGCAGCUGCCGUCAGCACAAGCCUUGGCAAAUAGAUGGUGUAUGAUAUGCAUAAAUAAUAUAAAUAUAUAUUAUGGAUGUAUAUACCAUAUACCCAUAUAAAAUUAAUACUUAUUGUAAUUCUUAACUAUUUACACAAUUUAAACAUUUAUUAUGAGUGUAUAAAAAUGCGGAAAUCAAAUUUCACGCCUUAGCCACGUCUCUUAGUUCUUUAAGCCAUAUUUUCAAAUUGCGUUAGCCAGAUAAAGUCACCUAUAAACAGAAAAA